AUGAAUGAAAUUGUUACUUGUGUAGUUUGUAAUAAAGAAUAUCAUUACACUAAUUUUUAUAAUAAUUAUAAAUCAAGAUGUAAAUUUUGUUCAAAUAAAGUAGUUAGCAAAUUAAGAUCUACUGAACCUUCCUACCACUUUAAACAUAUUACCGAGCUUGCUGAAUCCAGAGCCAUAUUGGAAAGAUUCAAAGAAAAAGAAGGUGAUUGCGAGAUAGAUUUUGACUAUAUCUAUUUUACUCUCUUAGACAAGCAACAUAGACGCUGCCCCAUCACAAACGUUCCAUUAAGUUUGGUAGCCAUGUCACAUUGGCAGGCGAGUGUCGACAGAAUCAAUGAUGGCAUCAAUUACACUCUAGAAAACUCAAGACUGAUUCCAUACGAAUGUAACACCAGAAGCAAAUGGUAUUUUGGAUUGGCUGGUUUGAAAAUCCUGCUCUCAACUGCUAAAGGUCACAAUGAUAGUAGAAAUCGUACAAGCAACAAAGGUCUAUUGGAAAUGGAUAUUUGUUAA